GAGGGCGGGGCGAAAUCUUCCUGACAGAAGCCUCGCUGCCGUACAUCCUUCCACACAUUUGGCAACAGGCCGCUGCCGAAACUUUCCUUUGUACCUUGUUACCGAACACGCUUUUGCGUGUGCAGUUCGUAGGUCGGCCACUUGGCCACCUGGAAAUAGCCGCCGCUACCCACCAAUUCAUUACUGUUACUUGCACCGCUAUUCACCCAUACCGCUAGGAAACAUGCAGCUGCAAACGUCUCAGGCCCAGGGCCUGCGUGUCCGAACAUCGGCCCGUGGUCUUCCAGCACUUGCUCGCCGGCGCACGGUGUCGGUGUCUGCUGUUGCCAGCGAGCCUCGUGUGGAGGUUCCCAGCUCACUCCAAAACAACAGCUCUUGGUCGCCUGCUUCUUGGCGCAGCAAGCCGGCGCAGCAGCAGCCUGAGUAUAUUGAUAAGGUCGAGGUUGAGAAGGCAGUCGCGGAAAUUCAUCGUAUGCCACCCCUGAUUUUCGCUGGAGAGUGCCGCACGCUGCAGCAGCGUCUGGCUAAGGCCGCUGCCGGCGAAGCAUUCGUGCUUUUCGGUGGCGACUGUGCGGAGGCUUUCAGCCAGUUCUCUGCGAACCGCAUCCGUGACCUCUACCGUCUACUGCUCCAGAUGAGCAUUGUCCUCGCCUUCGGUGGCGGUGUGCCAAUUGUCAAGCUGGGCCGCGUCGCUGGCCAGUUCGCUAAGCCGCGCUCAGCUCCUACCGAGACUAUCGACGGCGUCACGCUGCCCUCUUACCGUGGCGAUAUCAUUAACGGGCCGGAGUUCACCGAGGAGGCCCGCCGCUGCGAUCCUCAGCGCCUGGUUCGCGCCUACAACCAGUCUGCCGCGACCCUGAACCUGCUGCGCGGCUUCAGCUACGGUGGCUAUGCCGGCCUCUCGCGCGUGUCGCAGUGGAACCUGGACUUCAUGAAGAACACCCACGAGGGCCACCACUACAUGGACAUUGCCAAGCGCGUCGAUGAGGCGAUUCAGUUCAUGAUUGCCUGCGGCAUGGACACCAACAUGCCCUUCAUGCGCGAGACGGAGUUCUUCACCGCUCACGAGUGCCUGCUGCUGGACUACGAAGAGGCGCUGACCCGCCGGGAUUCCACCAGCGACCUCUGGUACGGCUGCUCCGCCCACUUCCUCUGGUGCGGCGAGCGCACACGCCAGCUAGACCACGCCCACGUGGAGUACAUGCGCGGCGUGCACAACCCAAUUGGCGUCAAGGUGUCGGACAAGAUGGCUCCCAACGACCUGGUUACGCUCAUUGCCAUGCUCAACCCGAGCAACGUGCCCGGCCGGUUGUCCAUCAUUGUGCGCAUGGGCGCCAAGAAGCUCCGUGACAAGCUGCCCAGCAUGAUUGAGGCCGUGCAGCGGUCAGGCCAGGUGGUCACCUGGGUGUGCGACCCCAUGCACGGCAACACCGAGACGGUGUCGGGCUACAAGACGCGCCGCUACGAGAACGUGCGCUCGGAGAUUGAGGCCUUCUUCGACGUGCACGACAAGAUGGGCACCGUGCCCGGCGGUGUGCACCUGGAGAUGACGGGCGACAACGUGACGGAGUGCAUUGGUGGAGGCGCGUCCAUCUCGGAGGACGACCUGAACUCCCGCUACCACACCCACUGCGACCCGCGCCUGAACGCCGAGCAGUCCCUGGAGAUUGCCUUCUACGUCGCGCAGCGCCUCCGGCAACGACGCGAGGCCAUGAACAAGGCCGCCACCAACUAAGCGCAGCGCGGCGAAGCGGCUGUGGUGCUUUCAGGAACCGACAGGAGCAGCGAUGCGGCUUUGCUUGGGCCGUCGCUGGGGAGCAGCGGGCAGCAGCGGCAGCAGCAGCAGCAGCAGCUGGCUUGGAAGUUGGGCUUGGAGGGCGCAGGAAAAGGGACAGCAGCGGUGGCGCUAGCGUUAACCCCGUGAAAUGGUGGAAUGCGAAUCCUAAUGCAUGGCACCAAUUUGGGUUUUUGUCCAUACCGGGGUGCGGUUUUCGGCACGCUCAUAAACGGCGUGAUACGAGAGGCGUCACUUGCGCCAUGCUUGCAUACGGCGGACGGGGUCUGAGAUAAACUGCAGCAUAAAGGGACAGCUUUGAUCUUCUCUUUUAGUCCCCAAGAACGGUCAGCGAUCACCUUGCCGGUAGCUGGUUUGACCCAUGGGUCCGUUCAUGGUUGGCCAGACGACGCUGCUGCAUUAUCACGACUCUGUGCCCCAUUGUCGAGCGUCUCUCAAGACGGCUGCUGCUUUAUUUGCUGGACGGUCGCUAUACGCCAACUUGUCGUUCCGAGGUGCUUGCCGGCCGCCUGUUUUAGGUCGUGGGUUUGACAUGACUGGUGUGUUAGCAGGUGGUGGUCGUCCUCUGGUCCGCAGGUGUAGUCCCCAUGAGCUUGUUUUUCGGGUCGCUAGCUCUUUGAGCAACGUGGCCUUCAUGGGGACCAGCCAGUGGGCGAGGCGGAGAGCUGUUGUGUGCCUUUUUGAGAGGGAGAGAGCGCUCAACGACUAGAGGCAGGAAUGAAGCCGGGAACUGCGGACCAGCGCGCGUGGAAAGCUAGCGGGAUAUGCGGGAGGCGUGCCGGGAACAAAGCGUGCAGCUGCCUGCCGCAAAGUGGCAUGGUGUUGCAUGGUUUGGUAAUGGUUCUGGCGGUUCAUGUACGCGCUUGUCGGUUCGUAUGGUCUUAAGGCUGGUGCGGGUUGCACCUGUGUUCGAUAAACUGGUGUGGUUUAUGCGUGUGUAGCAUAGCUGUGAACGGUAUGUGGCUGGCAGCGUACGGGUGCAUUUGGGUGUCGGGGAAGUGGGUAGUGGAGAUGCGCCGCUUGCCAUUGGGUGGCUGAGCUAUGGGCCUUCCGUCAGGUGUGCGGGCGAGUUCAAUGGCAGCAGUUUAAAGGCGCAUAUAUGGUAUGGUAUGGGCUUUAGGCAAGCUUGGCAGCAUUAAUAACAGCGGCAGGAGCCGUUCGUACUGGGCCAGUGUGCGUGUGUUGUACACGGUUGGCGGUAGGAGGUUGUAAUGCGGUAUGUAGCUGGCGGACGGCGUCUGAAAUAAUGCGCAUAAGCUCUUCUAACGGUAACGGUACGCGGUUUGGCUUGGCUGGGUGGUGACGUUUGCGAUAGAAGCAAGUGCCAACCAGCUGGACAACGUGCCGUAUUGGCGCACCGACUAACCAGCUAUGACCAGCUAUGUGGAGUCCAUCCGACUCAUCCGCCCAGCAUUUGUUUGUCUUCAUGCGCUCACUCGUACCCGGCGGAACCACCGAACAAUGGACCAAGUUUUCAUGUGGGGAACAUGUGUCCCCAAAACACCGUGGCA